AUGUUUGAUCCCUGGUGCACUGCUGAGGAAACUAAACCUGAGAAUCGGUUGAAAAGAGAAUUAAAGGAUUCAAAAGAGCUCAGGGGUGUUACACAAGCACUCAGAGAGUUCCAGAGAGCAUCAAAUCAGUCAGAUAAAAUCCGAUUAUACCUAAAUUUCUUAUCUUUGUUCGAAAAUUUCCUAGUAGGUGGACAAAAUGAAAGUAUAUUAGCUCAUGUGAUACCGAAUACCUUCCCGAAAAUUGUUGAUUAUGGAGAUAUGGCAUCUCAAUCCAUACCUACAUUAGUCCAAACCCUUAGAUUAUUAACGACUUCAUUCAAAAUCACAAUUUUUACACCACGCGCAUCUAAAAUGAUAAAAUUAAUAAACGCAACAUGUAAAUACUCGAUGCAACAACCAAAGAUCAUGCAAAUAGGCAAAGAAUUAUUCUCUCGAUUAUUUUCUAUACCUGAGUUUGUUAUUGAUUACGGAAAUAGCGAUGGAUAUGUCUCUUAUUUACAGACAAUAUUGUGUUCUCAAAUCAAUACUCAGAUUAUUGAAUCAUCGAUGGAAUUUUUGAUAGAUACACCUCCUCAGACCGUUUUCGGAAAAAUUGAUCCAACAAAUUUAUUUACAGCUUUCUUUUCUUGCGCUACAUCAGAUUUGAUACCGAAAGCAAACAUGAUUUACUGUGUGCAGCUUAUUUACAAAGUAAUAUUAUACGGAUCGCAGUCAAAUCAAGAAAUAAUUACAAAAACUUUUGAUUCAAACGUACUUUUAGCCUACGACAAGAUAAUUGAUGAAAUAAACAGUCUCAAAAAUAGUAGCUACUCCUCCCUUAAUAUUAGACUACAACUUCUUGAAAUUGCUUUCAAAUUAUAUCCAUCUAUCCUUGUAGAGCUUUUUGGAGCCAUUUUCAAGUAUAUUUCGCUAUAUCCUGCUGAAUCCGUUGAAACUUAUGAAUCAAUUUUCUCUAAAAUUGUUCCAUUGAUAAAUUCAAAUUCGAUAUCUUAUCAAGACUUGCUUGAAACGAGUUUUUUAAACGCGUUCGCUAAGUAUAUACCUACACAGAUACUUGCAUCCAUACUAACUUCAAACCAAUCCUUUUCUGUAGUACUGAUAUCAGUUUUUUCACUUCCGAAAGCAUGCAGACAUCAUUCAGAAGUAUUCAAAUGCAUUCUAAAGACUGCGAAAUACGUUAAUUUUACAGAAAUUCUUUUUCCUUUGAGCAGUGCUCUAUUGAAUGCGGCACAUUGCUCCAAAACCAUUACAGAACUACUUAACGAAGCUUAUGAUACAAAGAACGUUUCAUUGUUCUCCAUUUUACAGUCCGCUUUCGUUAAAAUUCCAAAUAUUGCAACGAAUUUUAUCAAAGCUGAUGGUUUGAACUGGUUAGAGAAGUCAUUUAAGGCUGGUUUAAUUACAAUAGAUUUAUAUGCGGCAACUCUAGGCAAUUUGGUCAUUUUUCGGAGAUAUGAUGAGAUCGAUGACUUCAUUUGGAACUUAGAAAAGGACCAUCCUCUAUUUUCUCUGUCAGAAGAAACCCUCGAGACCAUAGUUUUCGGAAUGAAUUCUGCAAAUCAUAGGCCAAUAAGAGUUUAUUCACUACUUCUCAAAAUUAAUCACAUAAAUUACUUGGAUCCUUACAAUGCAUGGAUUUUAGGUAAUUGCUACUUAGGUCGCUACCUAAAAGAAGGCAAAAAUAUUUUUGAUUUUCCAUAUAUCAAAGAAGUUGCCAACAGAUUUUUACAUACUACGUACAUUCCUUAUCUCCUAGAGAAGCCCUUUGACCUUCAGCCCUUCGCAUCCCCUGAUUAUGACCAUUUCCCUUUAUUUCAGUUCUACCAAGGUCAGGACACCCUAAAAAUUACUAGACCAUUCAAAUGUAUAUCGUUUUGGAUCAAGUUCUACGAUGAAUUCGAUCGCAAAACUGAUUUUUUCCAAACAAAUAAUUUGACAUUAUCUGCAUUUACGGGCCAAAUCAUCAUUAACUCUGAUGGAAAGCAGAAGCAGAUUGAUGCUGAUACAACGCAAUGGAGUUUUAUAUAUAUUAGCACUGAAGAUUUUUUAUUUUCUUCUUCAUUUAACGUUUCUAUACAAGGAAAUGUAGUUUACACUGCUCAGAAGCCAGAAAAAGGAGACUUUACCUUUGCAUCCUUUGGGUUUACCAGUUCAAAUUUGAUGUUUAUUGGACCUGCGAUCAGAUUAUUCAAAAACAUGCCCGAGAAGAUACCAGAAUUAUUCAAGAAUGGACCUGAUUUCAUCGAUUCCAUUGAAGCUUUCAGGGUAGAAACCGUAUUUACCCCUUAUUUCUUCACAACUCCUUAUUCUACUAUUCCAAACUCAUCAAUGUCGAAGAAAUGUACGAUCCCGCCAACAUGUGUAGCUGUUCCUUACUUCGGAUUCCCUCUCCAUUUCAUUUCUAUGCGUAAAAACAGCGGAUUGGUCAAUACAUUGUAUACUGCUGAGACGCAAUACGAGUUCGACUCGUUAUUUGUGACAUUACUAAACAUCAACGACCUGAUUAUGUUCAGUUCCAGUCGAUUAUGGAAGAAAAUUUUGAUGCCUCUCAAAAAAAUGAAGAAAUUCGCAACAAAAGAGAUCUUCUUGAAAGCUUUGAGCUCAGUGGCCGAACACCAUCACAGAGAAAGGCUCUUAUCUUCAAUUUUAUUCGAUCAUGAUAUGUGGCUACUCGUAGACAACGAAAUCUUAGUUCCUGUCAUCUUCGAAUAUUUCUCUAAUACAGAUUGGCACAUGAUAGAGAACUUUGAGCUCUUUUUGGCCACAGUAAUUUUAGCAAAUCCUAAAUCUAAGAUAAUUAUUGACACAAUCUUACAGAAUUACAAAGUUUUACCACAUAUGUUAAAGUUUAUAGUCACAAUGUUCAAGAUUUCCCACGUUUUGAAUGCAGAAAAAAUUACAUGGGAAUUAUUAACAGCAAGAGACGAAAGUCCGCUCCAGAAAACCAUUAUUAACUGCUUAUAUGACUUCACGAAUGCAUAUACUUUCAAAGAAGUCUCUUCGCACUUAUCAUUUAAAAAGAUUUUAUCUUUAAUGUUGGUAAGUGUCGAUGAUUUGACCUUAAAACUACUUAAAUUCGCAGUUAAAAUGGAAUCCAUACAGAAGAACUUUGUAGAAGUUAGUGAUAUCCUUAUGCAUCGCAUCACAUUGUUGUCAAACCACUACGAAACAUGGGAAUACGUAUUAAGUCUUACUACCGGAUCCACGGAAUUAUCAACAGACAAACCCGUGGACGUCAAAUACCUUCCUCUCCUUCUAUCCCUUGUUUGGUCGAUGAGUUUGUGUUUCGCUCAUUCAUUCACUUACAAAAAAGUUGAAUCCGAAAAAUUGACAAAAUUUGACAAUAUUUACAAUUUCUUCAUAUGUUUGUUGCAGAACAACCUUUCAGCGAUGCUUGACAAUCCAUUAUGUGUCACUUUGCUUACAAGUUGGUUCCCUUUAGUCCUUAGUUAUCCAUAUUUACUGAGAUCGAUGAUUGACAACUCGGAAAAUUUGCCACACGAUUUAGUUCAGAUUUCGGAACUUUCUGAAGCCCAAGAUCCUACAUGGAGUGGCAAAGACUUGAUCAUAAAGAACCUGAAAGUCCCUCCAUGUCCUCCUUUCCUUCCUCCCGCGAUAUUCACGGUUGAAAUGAUGUCUUACAUUUUGAGAAACAACGGUUUUGACUUCACAACGACAGAAGAGAUUGACCAAGAAGGAGUAAGUAAAUGGUUGAACACUAGUCCACUUACGAAGCUCUUAAUCAACUCCAUUUUCGCUUCUAAUAAUUAUAAUCAGAUGAUUUCGAUAUUUAAUGCGAUUUUCUUCAGUUUUCCUUUCUAUACUAGAAGCAGAUCGACAUUUACUGUUCAUGUCCUGAUGUACAUAUUACUUGAGAGAUUCCCUGUCUACUAUACACAACAGUUUCCUUUGCCUCAGUUUCUGAGAUUCGUUCAAUAUUUCGUGAAUCAAAAACUUUUCCAAAAUUCAAUCACGAAAUUCGUUGAAAAAUUCUUGGACGCAUUGGAAACAGUUAGUGGAAAUAACAGAGAACUUCAAAAGUGUUCAUUGACAAUCAACGCUAUUUUACUUGAUAUAAUCAUUUAUUCGUCACCAAACAAUUAUCCAAAAAUCAUUGAAAGUUUGUCAAUUCACAUCAAGUUAAUUAGUGCUGUAAUCAAUCAGAAAUCAAUGCAGAAGACAUGGGAAUACGCAUUGUCAUUGUUAGGAACAGCAGACAGCCAAAUCUUUGAUAACUUGGUUGACGGUUUCGGUGAAAAUUGUUUGUCAAAAGACAAAACUGCAAUUUGCCAACUUUUGAAACAAAAGAAAUUUGAAUUGAACCAUAAUUUAUUCGAUUCUUGUCUCAAUGAAUGGAUCAACAACGCGAAGUGCUUUGCAGACGAAUGCUCGCAGAUAUCAAAAGAGAUUUCUAGCUGCAGAGGCACGUUUAUGAACGAUUUCAUGAAUUUGUCACGAAGACAAAACAAAUUCAAAUACGAAAGUGACUGCAGACAAUACUUAACGGCCCAUCUUUUCUCGAAAGAACUCAUGAGAUUGGACACAACAUUCAAACUCAGUGAAGAUUACAUGCACUGGAGACAGUUUAUCACUGAUAUCCGUGUAAACAACGCUUUCGUUUCGAAUUUCAGUCCAAAAACUUUUCAUUUGUGUCCCCGCGCAUUUCCGUUUGCUCCCCCUCGAUUAGUUUCUCCGUCACCUUUUGAAAUGACAGAUAUUUCUAAGCCGUAUCGUGAUUUUAAGUCUCUUGUGUUAGAUUUCUUCAUGGAAAACAACAAAGAGCUCUACAAGAAGACGUAUUCAGAAGAUGUCUCUUUGCGCGAGAUUUUCCUCAAAGUUCAAAAACAAAAAUACGGAGACGCAAUCGGAAUUUUGUCAUGUAAAUUACAACGAUAUGGAAUGACGAUAAAAACGGUUUUAUUUGUAUUUCACAGUUGUAUUAUGUUAUUAACAUAUGCUACAUUAACUGAUAAAGAGGAAAUACAAUUAAUAACACGUUUGGAUGAGAAAGAACUCCAUAUUUUCCUUGAAAGUGUUUAUUUAGGACAUUGGGGGCAAACUUCUUUGUUUGGAUCUCACAUUUUGAUCAUUGUUCCUAUGGAACAAAUGAUUUACGCGAGACAACAUUCCAACAAAGAAAUCGAAAUGUGGACAUUCGAAAACGGAAAUUUCAUUUUGCACAUGAAAAAUAACAACAUUGCAAAAGUUUUGCCACUUUUGGAAAGAUACUCCGAAAAAGCCUUCAAACAGCUCAGCGGAUAUCAAUUCCUCUUCAAGACAACAAAUGUCAAAAGAGCUCAUUCCCAAUGGUCUUCUUCUUUCUUGUCAACUGACCAAUUUUUGUUGGUCAUGAAUGGCUUGGCAAGUCGUUCUUUUGUUGACUUGGAGAACUAUCCCUUCUUCCCACACGUGACACUCUCAAACUGUGGAAGAAGAAGACUCAGUUUGAUCGACGCAAAUCGUCCUCCAAACUCUGAUUCGACUCUCGAAAUUUUACAUAACUUGUUGCCAUUCACUUAUUUGUAUAAAAGUGACAAACAAAAUUUGAUUGAAGAUUGUCAUGAAAUUCCAGCAACGAUGUUUUAUGUCCCUGAAUUCUAUGAGGACAUGAAUGGACUUGGAACAAAGAUUCCUACAGGAGAUUCCCUUCCUUCUCCUUAUUGCCAAACAUUGAGAGAUGCAAUCGAAGCUGAAAAAUUCAAUCAAAAUUUGAUGAAUUGGGUUUCGAGAAUGUUCAACAUUUUCCCAAGUUCAAGAAGGAAUUCUUACACAGAACUCACAAACGAAGACAACGAAAGAGUCUCCCAAAACCACUCAAACAUCGCAGAUCUCGAAUUAUUCCACGUUUGUCAGGAAAUCAACAUCAAACCAAAAUCAUAUCAAACGCUACUUUUCGAGAGAAAUACAAUCAGAAAGAUCAGGAAUUUGAGUGCAAGAUUGGAAGCUUCGAAGCCUUAUUUCGUUAAGAUCGACAAGAGAUCAUUAACUUUGUGUUGUUUGAACAAACAAAGUGGUGAAAUCUUUUGUUUAAACGUCGAUCCACUUUUAGUUUUCUCUUGUGGAUUGAGUUUAUCAGUUAACGGAAUGUUUUUGGUCGUUGAUUUCGAGUUUGGUUUAUCCCGUACAUAUCGAAUUUUAUACACUGAUGGAUUGCCAAGUUCGAUUCAAAUGAUUACUGAGUUUUCAUGGGGAGGAAGACCGAGUUCAUGCAUUUCUGGUGUUGAUUGGAUUGUCGCGACUGCAACAGAAAAUCACAUUUUCAUUUGGGAAAUUUUCUCUGCUUCUAUUCAUUGCGAUCUUGAAUUCAAUGAGAAAAUAGAAGGACUUGGAAUAGAUGAAGAGAAUGGAGGAAUGUAUGUUGCAACAGAACACCAGUGUUUCUAUUAUUCAAUCAAUGGAGUUUUGAUGUGUAAAGUUCCUUUCGAAGAACACGUUACAGUUUUGUGUCCUCUUCAGUUGCAUCCUGCAGAUCGAGACAGGACUUGUAUUGUUGGCUGCCAGAGCGGCCACAUUUACUUGUUAAGCCCAAGAGCAGAUGAAAUGAGAAUAGAUACAAAGAAAUUGCCAAGUGAACACAAAAGUGCUGUUGACAGAAUUGUUUUCCAUCCUUCUUUGUGCGAGUUUGUUUCCAUUGAUAAGAACAAAACAGCUUUCGUAUGGAACGCUGUGAAUUUGGGAGCCCAUCCUCAGGAAGCUUCUAUUUUCACUCAUUGUGCAACUUGCGAUGGACCGGCUUUAGUAAAAUGUUCUAGAUGUAAUAGGUUUUAUUGCAACCGCUGCAUGUGUGAAAACACUCGACAGAUGUGUAACAUGUGUGUUACUUUAAUGAAAUCAUUUUUAUUUAGUGAUUUCAACUGA